AUGUUUCCAGAACUCCAUCCAAAUAUUACAGACGCAGUCUCCCCAGAAAUAUCCUCGAUAUGGUUCAAUGAAGACGAUGACAACGAAGAUUUCGACCAUGAACGGUUUACCCACGUCAUGGGCAGAUUUAUAUGUAAUAACAGUACCUGUGAAAAACGGUUUUGGGAUAGCAGGAAGGUGCCUAUCGAGAUAAGAGGAUACGAAGACAACGGGUACACUGCAAUUGUGUAUAACCAGAGUUGCAAGUCCUGCGACCGGCUAGGCACUUUUGAGCUGGACGAACGAUCCUAUAUCGAACGGGUCGCAUAUCGGCUCAAGAAAUGGGCAGGUGUGGAAAUGGAGGCGCCACCGUUCAAGAGAAUCGAAGGCCCACCACAUGAACGAGCAUAUUGUGAAGGCUGUAAACGAGGUAAAUGUCGAGAGGGAGAUGGGUUUGAAUUAUAUUAG